AUGGCACAGACCAACAGCGGUGGGCAGGGGACCAACGGGGUAGCGGAUGAGUCCCCCAACAUGAUAGUGUACAGAAAGAUGGAGGAAGUAAUAGCACGCAUGCAGGAUGAGAAAAAUGGCAUCCCAAUCCGAACAGUGAAAAGUUUUCUUACCAAGAUCCCCAGUGUUUUUUCAGGUUCUGACAUUGUACAGUGGAUGAUCAAGAAUCUGGACAUCGAAGAUCAAGUGGAGGCUCUUCACCUAGGAACACUGAUGGCUGCACAUGGUUACUUCUUCCCCAUCUCAGAUCACGUCCUCACUCUCAAAGAUGAUGGCACUUUCUAUAGGUUUCAGACUCCCUACUUUUGGCCAUCAAACUGCUGGGAACCAGAAAACACAGACUAUGCUGUUUACCUCUGCAAAAGAACAAUGCAAAAUAAAGCACGUCUGGAGCUUGCAGACUAUGAAGCGGAGAGCUUAGCAAGGCUACAGAGAGCUUUCGCCAGGAAAUGGGAGUUCAUUUUUAUGCAAGCAGAAGCACAAGCGAAAGUGGACAAGAAAAGAGACAAAAUUGAGAGGAAAAUCCUCGACAGUCAGGAAAGAGCAUUCUGGGACGUGCACAGACCAGUGCCUGGAUGUGUGAAUACAACAGAAGUCGACAUAAAGAAGUCCUCCAGAAUGAAAAACCCCCACAAAACCAGAAAGUCUGUGUAUGGGCUGCAGAAUGAUAUCCGUACCCACAGCCCAACCCACACCCCUGCCCCAGAGGCCAAGCAACCUACAGAAGAAGAACUGCAGGAACAGAUCACCUUUUGGCAAUUGCAAUUAGACAGGCAUCGACUGAAAAUGUCCAAAGUGGCAGAGAGUUUGCUGGCCUACACAGAGCAGUACCUUGAAUACGACCCCUUCCUCACGCCUCCAGACCCAUCCAACCCCUGGAUCUCAGAUGACACCACACUCUGGGAACUCGAAGCAAGUAAGGAACCAGGUCAGCAGAGGGUAAAGAGGUGGGCUUUUGGCAUUGAUGAGGUUCUCAAAGAUCCUGUGGGGAGAGAGCAGUUCCUCAAGUUCCUGGAGUCUGAGUUCAGCUCAGAGAAUCUCAGGUUCUGGCUAGCAGUCCAGGAACUAAAGAAGCGUCCCAUCAGAGAAGUUCCAACUCGAGUUCAGGAGAUCUGGCAGGAGUUUCUGGCCCCCGGAGCUCCCAGUGCCAUCAAUGUUGACUCCAAGAGCUACGCCAAAACCACCCAGAAUGUCAAAGACCCUGGACGCUACGCAUUCGAGGAUGCACAGGAACACAUCUACAAAUUGAUGAAGAGUGAUUCUUACAGUCGUUUCAUCCGUUCCAGUGCCUAUCAGGAGUUAUUACAAGCCAAGAAGAAGAAAAGUAAGAACUUGUUCUGA